UGACAACGCAAACUGAGCACGAAGUUUUUGUCAACAACGCCGAUAAUCUUGUGGCUGAAGCCCCACACCAGCCAAGUGCAUAGCUUAUUAUUUUCACAGUAAAACACAAUGAUUCCACCAGCCGAGUCUCUCCUGAAAUACGACAAUCCAGUUUUGGUCAGCAAAAGCACAGACAGAAAAUCACCAAAGGGACGCCCGUUGAAAGUAAGCCCUCAGCAGCCUGCUAUCUCUACCCCUGUUCCACCACCUCCUAAAUCAAAAUCCACCUCUUCUGAGUCCACCAAGCAGGAAAAUGAGGAGAUCCUGAACGCCAUCCUUCCACCCAGGGAAUGGAUGGAAGGAAAUCAGCUGUGGGUGCAGCAAGUGUCCAGUGCACCUUGUACAAGAACAGAUGUUAUUCACCUAGAGGAACUGCUGGACACAAAGCUGCAGCAAAGGCAGGCCAGAGAAACAGGAAUCUGCCCUGUCCGCAGGGAGCUCUAUUCACAGUGCUUUGAUGAACUGAUAAGACAGGUGACCAUCAAUUGUGCCGAGAGGGGUCUUCUGCUGUUGCGGGUUAGAGAUGAGAUUCAAAUGACUAUUGCUGCCUACCAGACACUGUAUGAAAGCAGUGUGGCUUUCGGUAUGAGGAAAGCACUGCAGGCUGAGCAGGGCAAAGCUGACAUGGAGAAAGAAAUUUCUGAUCUGGAGAAUGAGAAACAAGACCUGAAGAAGCAACUGAACGAACAGAAAGCUAAAUGUGAUGCAAUUGAAAAAAGAGAAAAUGAAAGGCGAUUGGUGGAGGAAAAGAAGCACGCUGAAGAGAUUCAGUUCUUGAAGAGAACCAACCAGCAGCUCAAGACCCAGCUGGAAGGAAUCAUUACACCAAAGAAGUAACUACGACAAACAAGAACUGAGUUGCCGUAUCCCAGCACAGAAUGCUACUGAAUUUGUUUCUAAAUAAUAUCAAUUAAUGUAAACUUAACAGAGUGUUAUUAGCAACCAUUUUAUUUUUCCAAACAGCAUGACAUGACAAGUACAGUUCUAACAAUUACUGUACAUUUCUCUUGAACAUCAAGAGAGCAUUACACCUGUAAAUGAUGAAUGAAAUAUCAUUCAAAAACAAUUCUAGGUUGAAGGAAAAAUAAAGUUGGAAAGGCAAGAUACAAACAGUCACUUCCCUGAAGGAAAGUCAAGAUAAGGCCACUUGAUUAAGACCAUUUAACAUGUAGUUAGCAUUCCACCUUCUGUCAACUUUACAUUUUCAAUAAAAACAUGACAU